UGUAGGAAAAACGACGAUGGAGACACUACUGUCGUCACUGUUGAAAAGGACCAUUUCAUGGAUGAUUUCUUCCAUCAGGUGGAGGAGAUUCGAAGCAGCAUAGCCAGGAUUGCUCAACAUGUGGAAGACGUAAAGAAGAACCACAGCAUCAUCCUUUCUGCCCCAAACCCAGAAGGAAAAAUAAAAGAAGAUCUUGAAGACCUGAACAAAGAGAUCAAGAAAACCGCCAACUGGAUCCGAGGCAAACUGAAGUCUAUCGAGCAGAGUUGUGAUCAGGAUGAGAGUGGGAACCGAACGUCAGUGGACCUGCGGAUACGAAGGACCCAGCACUCGGUGCUGUCACGGAAGUUUGUGGACGUCAUGACAGAAUACAAUGAAGCACAGAUCCUGUUUCGGGAGCGAAGCAAAGGCCGCAUCCAGCGCCAGCUAGAGAUCACUGGGAGGACCACCACUGACGACGAGCUGGAGGAGAUGCUGGAGAGCGGGAAGCCGUCCAUCUUCAUCUCGGAUAUUAUAUUGGAUUCACAAAUUACUAGGCAAGCUCUCAAUGAGAUCGAGUCACGUCACAAAGACAUCAUGAAGCUGGAGACCAGCAUCCGAGAGCUGCACGAGAUGUUCAUGGAUAUGGCCAUGUUUGUGGAGACCCAGGGUGAGAUGGUCAACAACAUCGAGAGAAAUGUGAUGAAUGCUGCCGACUAUGUCGAACAUGCCAAGGAAGAAACCAAGAAAGCCAUCAAAUUUCAGAGCAAAGCCAGGCGGAAAAAGUGGAUAAUUGCUGCUGUGGUGGUGGCUGUCAUUGCUGUCCUGGCUCUAAUCAUUGGCUUGUCGGUUGGCAAAUGAUUGCGUAGAUGGCGCUGGGUGCUUGCCUCUCCCUCAGGGUGGCAAAGGUGAUGUUCAUCCUCAUUUGUGUAGUCACUUUGCUUGUGAUCCUUGGAAUUAUCCUAGCAACAGCUUUGUCAUAGCAACCACACCCCAAGAGCUCUUUGUCCUCAGAGACUCCGGCCACACCUGCAGCAGAGCCAGUGUCCUGUCCUUCCACCUGUGGCUCUCAGACCCCAGGGCUAGUGCCGCGUGCUGAGGUUUUUAUUGGAGGCGAAGAAUAAAGCACCACAGAGGUUUCAGGCCACGAAAACGCCAUGAGCUGAGUGGACGCCACGUGCCAGCCCAGAUAGCCUUGGUCUCUGAAGGGCACCACAGAGAUUUCACAAUGGUGGCCUUGUCUCAGUAGCCUUGAAAUAGGAAUGAUUGAAAAAUCCAACUUUAAAAAAAAAAAAAGAUGUCAGUGUUAAAAAUGUGUGUGCAGUCUAAUUAGGGCGUGCUCUGUGCUCUCUCAGCUGACAGACAAUGAAGAGACUUUGCACCGGGCCUGAUUUCUGUUCAUUCUUGCUUGCAGAAUCAUCACAGAACUGUUUUGUAGGUAUCUGUAAUUUUAAGUAGCUAUAAAUUAAAUUCCUUAAUAUAUUAACAUCGAACCCCCCACCCCCUUUUCUAAGCUAGACACUGCCUGAGAAGGACAACGGGCAGGCUCUAGGCACAGGCUGCUGCUGUCACUGAAACUUGGCCUCGCAGCCCAAAGUGCUUUCUGGUGACCCCCGACCUAGGAAGUGUAAGGGUCAGAAAAGUCUUGAUUGCCAUUAGCUCACUUCUACCUGCUUCACUCUGGAGGGGACACAGCCAUGCGCUGUGCUCACCCUUUCCCCGUUCACUGGUGCUGGUGGACUCUCAAGGCAAGAUGAUGGUGGAGCCAGGACUUGGUGCUCACUGAACUCACAGGAGCAGUCCCAGCUGUGGAGCCAUUCUUGGACAGCUCCUGAAGGGCCAGAUUCUCAGCUGCAGCCCACUAAUGCCCAGAGUUCCUAGGAAACUGCGAGAGAUGGGAUGAAGAUGCGGGCCGCUUCCACUUGUGAGCAGGUGGCCCAGUGACUGCAUAUCCGUGUGCUGACAGCUGAGUGAGGAUGUGAAGGGCGCCAAGCCCAGCGAACUCCGCUGACUGCCGACUGAGUGUGGAAGCUCACUCUGUCCCAGGCUCGUCUGGCUGGGUCUGAUGUAACCAUGCUGACUCGGACAGCAGUCACGAGAAAUACCGAGCUCUUUAGAAACUACCACCCUUACAGUGGCAAGUGUCACUCAUUUGCCUCCUCACACCUCCCAGCCUGACACCUCAGUGCCCAGAGCUACUGCAGGAGGCUGGCCUGCAGUGGAGACACUCUUGCCUGGAAGCUCCCCAAAAGCUGUGUCUGUGGAGCUCCUGCCCUCUCUGCUCCAGUGCCGUUGGAUUUGACUGCAGAGCACCGCGUGCCACCAAGGAUCCCAGCACUCGUGGCAGGUUUCCUUCAGGUUUAGCCCGAGUCCUUGGCCUGCAGUGUGCUCCUCACUAUGUGCUCAGGUGGCCUCCUGGCCAAGCGGGCGCCGGAAUCUGGCUUUCUUAGUGAAGCAGGGGUGUGUGGGUGAGUGAGUCAGCCCUCAGGAUAUAUUUCUAUGCUGACUUCAUAGCCUGUUUAAAAAUACAUUUACAGAUUGUCUUGUUACUUUUUCCAACCAUUUCUUCAAAAAUUUUGUGUUUACAUUAAAAAGUUGUCAGAGAA